AUGGCUCCCGCCCGCAAGAGGACCACCAACAUCGCGCGUCGCAGGCGGACGGACGACGAGGAUGAGAGCCAGUCGGUGGCAACCCUUGCCGACGACUCGCAGAGCGACGCUUCCCUGCUGAGCGAUGUCGACGAGGACGCCGACGCCGACAACAGCGACCUGAGCGAAGUCGACAGCGCGCCCUCCCUCACACAAGGAAAGCCUAAGCGGAAAGCAAACGGGGCGCGUGAUGCAAAGGCUCGCCAGGAUGCAAGCAAUCGCCAACCCUCGCCGCCCAUCGCCCGCUCCGAUGUGGCCUUUUCCACCAUGAAGGAGACGGAGAUCAUGAUGAAUGGCCUGAAGAUUGGCGAGGACGGAAAGGACGCGGAAGUGGUCGACUUCGAGACGGGCGUGGCAGCAGUGGAAGCCGCACCCGCCGUCGGUGCGCCGCAAUCGCGGGCAGAGACGCUGGCGGAGCGGCGGCGGCGGGAGCAUGAGGAGUACAAGAAGAAGCGCGACUCGGAUCCCGCCUUCAUCCCCAACCGCGGCGCCUUCUUCAUGCACGACUCACGGCAUGCUCCUGGUCAGAAUGGCUUCAGGCCCGCAGGCCGUGGGCGUGGGCGGGGUGCUCCCAUCGGCGGGCCCUUUUCCCCUGCCAACAUGCGGCCACAGCCACAGGAAGCCACGGAUUCCCCCUGGCAGCACGACCUGCACGAGACCGUCAACGCGCCCGGCUCUCACGCCCACGCCGGACACCAUCCUUCCAAUGGUCCCAUGUUCGCAUCGAGAGUACCGCCGGGCCCUAGCCAGAAGCCACCGCCAGCUCGCAACUUCUCAACCACGACGCAUACGCACAAUGCCAUGGUACGCGUCUUCCUGCCCAACAUGAAGGGCCCUAUACACUUCCAGAACGUCCCCAUAAAGUCGCACACUCGUCUGCCCAACCAUCGGCCACCCCUCCGUCGCGACAAGCCAGUCCGCAUAUCCCUACCUCCGGCUCCACCGCGCUACAUCUUCCCCACCACAGAGCGCUCCUUCAUCUUCAUCCCAAGGGCCCUUCGACCCAACCAACAAGGCUUCGGCCGGGGUCGCGGUCGAUUUGGAUCCUUUGGCGGAGGCUUCUCAAGCAGACGGACAAGCGCGUACGGAGGCAGUGUAUACUCGCCAAGUGUAGCCAUGAGCAGGCGGUCGUCCAUUGCACGCGAGAUGGGCCGGGACAAUCUCGUCUCUCCGGCUGGUUCCAUCAUGUCACGUAACGGUGGUUUCGUUGAUCCCAGUCGUCCUGUCGUGCGCCUCCCGCCUGGUGGCCCUCGGAUGCCCAAUGGACCGUCCAUGAUCUCGCCCACGAACGGCGCUGUGCAGCCACCUUACCCUCUUCCACAGAAGCCUACCUACCGGGAGAACUGGCAGGGUUCACUUCCGAUGCACCAGCCCCGCCCGCAGAAGACUGUCUCUGUUGCUGGUAUCGAAUCGCCUGCAUCUAUGAGCUUCAACCCCCCGCAACAACAAGAGCAGCAACCCUUCCAUCAGCAAGUUCCCGCGCACAUCAAUGGAGCUGCUCCUGCGGUCGAGCAGCCAUACUAUCAGCAUGGACGUCACCCUUCGUACCCAAGCCAAGUGUCGACCGGCACACCCAACAUUCCCGAACGAGCCAUCCACGCUCCCGCAUUCCAGCCUUACGCGCAGCCUGGCUUCCAGCCACAAGCCUUUGUGCCACAGGGAUACUACUAUCCUCAAAACGGCGCCCAGCCCCAAUACAUGGCCCCUGCCGGCAUGGUGCCAAUGUUCGUUCCUGGCGCUCAACAGCCAGGCUAUGUCAUGCCGGUGUCUGCUCCUCCUCCUCCUCCUCCUGCGGCUCCACCAGCUCCGGCUGGUCCUCCCAACAUGGUGGCUUACGAGCAAAACGGCAUGACAUACUACGUCGAUUCCGCCUCGCUUUACCCGGCGCCGCCAGUAGAGAACUAUGCUCAGCCUAGCUAUGCCGUUCCUGGGAUGGGAGGCAUGAUGACACCUGGUCCGGACGGCGCCUACUACUACCCACAGCAAAUGCAGCCCGCGACAUUCUACCCGCAACAAUAG